UCCUACGUUAAAUUGUAACGCAUAGAUGUUACCCAACAAGAGCCAUAGUUAAACAUAUGAUACCUCACUUUCGCUAUUUUUAGUAUUGGCAAAUUUGACUAUGUCUUAAUAUCCAUUCCAUGCUCAUAUGCCUUGACGAAGCAAAAGAAACCAUGUGAGUAGAGAUUCUCAGAAUCUAGAAUAUUUGCAUGGUAUUUUGCAGAACAAGGUUUGAAUCAAGAACAAUCAAACAAACAUUUUGAGGCACUUUCUAGGGUGUUGGAUAUUGCGAGAGCAAUAUUGGAUUAUAGGGCACGUAACAUUUGCAUGCUAAGAGAAGGGUUUGGAAAGCCAAUACAAUAAGUUUCUAAAACUUUGUAAAUGGGGAUUUGAUUAAAUCAAAUUUUGAAAAAAGAAAAUGAGUUUAUUUCCUUGUUGUUCAUCACAAAGGAGGCUCAAGAAGAAGAGAUUGAAAUUGAAGAAGAGCAUUAAGAAAGAAAAAGAAUAUGAUGAUAGAAGUGUCGCCUCAUUUUCUAACAUCUCUAUUAGAUCAGAUAGUGGCAAGAGAAAGUUCAUAACAGAUGAGAUAGCAAAGCUUGGGAAAGGAAACAUUAGCUCUAGGAUCAUUUCUUAUCAUGAGUUAUGUGAUGCAACUAAGAACUUUCACCCUACCAACAUGAUUGGUGAAGGAGGCUUUGGGAGGGUAUACAAAGGAAAACUUCGGAGCACUAAUCAAGUUGUUGCUGUGAAGCAACUUGACAGAAAUGGAUUUCAAGGAACCAGAGAAUUUCUUGUUGAGGUUUUAAUUUUGAGUCUUCUGCACCAUCCUAAUCUGGUGAACUUGAUAGGGUAUUGUGCUGAAGGAGAACACAGAAUUUUGGUGUAUGAAUACAUGGCUAAUGGUUCUCUAGAAGAUCACUUACUUGACUUACCUGAAGGAGUGAAGGGUUUGGACUGGCAUACCAGAAUGAAAGUUGCAGAAGGUGCAGCAAAAGGACUUGAAUAUCUGCAUGACCAAGCAAACCCUCCAGUGAUAUAUCGUGAUUUCAAAGCAUCAAACAUAUUGUUGGAUGAAGAGUUCAAUCCAAAACUCUCUGAUUUUGGACUUGCAAAGCUUGGACCAACAGGAGACAAAAAACAUGUGUCUACCAGAGUGAUGGGAACAUAUGGAUAUUGUGCUCCUGAGUAUGCAUCAACAGGGCAAUUGACUACAAAAUCGGAUGUGUAUAGCUAUGGAGUGGUGCUUUUGGAGAUGAUCACGGGAAGAAGAGUCAUUGAAUAUUCAAGGCCAGAAGAAGAGCAAAAUUUAGUUCUUUGGGCACAACCACUCUUAAAAGAUAGGAAGAAAUUUACACAAAUGGCAGAUCCAUUGUUGAAAGACGAGUAUCCUGUAAAAAGUUUAUACCAAGCUUUAGCAGUGGCAGCAAUGUGCCUCCAAGAAGAAGAUGAAACUCGACCUUUAAUCAGUGAUGUAGUUACAGCGGUUGAAUUUUUGGCAAGGAAGAAAAUAGAAGUGGAUGAACCACAACCCACAAAACAAGUUCCUUCUACUCAAGAACAAGAAGAAGAAGAAGAAGAAGAUAGUGAUGAACAGAAUCAAUCUCAAGAAGAUGGAGACAACAACCACAAUGAUGAGAACGAAGAUGAAGAAACGAAGAAUUAAACAACAGUAGCAUCAACAAAAACAGUAGUGAUUGUUAAUAUCCAUGCAUUUUCAAAUUAUAAUCUUCAUUUGCUUAUGUUGAAAGAUAUAUACAUAUAUAUAAGAACUUCUCUUCAUGUAAUCAAGAGAAAAAAACAUGCAUGCCCUAAUGAAAUUUCAACACCCUACACUUGCUAAUUUUUGAUGAUUUUGUUUUAUUGUUAAAAGAAUUGAUUUUGUAAUGUCACAAGAAACUU